AUGUCUCUUCUCAUCCCCGACAUGACUGACCCAGCACCUAUCGCCCAUCAAUGGCUCCAAGACUUCACUGUUGCAGUCGCGGACUCUGAUGUUAAAGCUUUCACCCAACUAUUCCUGCCAGAUGGCUGGCUCAGGGACUUCCUCGUCUUCACCUGGGACAUACGCUCCCUCGAGGGGCUUGAGAAGAUCGAUGCGUACCUCGCGAACACACUCGCGACGGCCCAGAUACGCGACGUCAAGCUAUCGAACUCGCAGCACCUCGCGCCCGCAGUCGAGCCGAUGUUCCUCAUGGGCGGCGCCCCAGCCGUCGAGUUCGGCAUCACCUUCGAGUGUAAGAACGGGCAUGGUCGGGCGCUCGUGCGCCUCGCCCAGGGUGCUGCGGAGGGCGAGUGGCGUGCGCUCACGCUCUUGACGGAGAUCGCGGACCUGCGCGGGCACGAGGAGAUGGAGACGAUGCCUCUGCGAGACGACCUCACGGGCCAGCCUGGAAGGGUCAUGCAGAAGGAGGUCGAAGAAUACAUCCACGAGGUUGAGACCAAGCCUUACGUGCUCAUUGUGGGCGCUGGACAGACGGGCCUUCUCGUGGCCGCGCGGUUCAAGCAGAUGAACAUCCCGACGUUGGUCAUCGAGCGCAGCAAGCGGGUUGGAGAGUCCUGGCGCAAGCGGUAUCCCUCGCUCACGCUGCACACGAUUAAGAGACACCACACUAUGCUCUACCAGCCCUACCCGGACAACUGGCCCGAGUUCACCCCGCGCGACAAGAUCGCGGACUGGCUCGAGAUAUACCCAAAGACGCAGGACCUCGUCGUCUGGACCGACUCCGAGUUUAUCGGCCAGCCCCUCUACGACAAAUUCACCGCGCAGUGGGACAUCACCAUCUCCCGCGCCGGCACCCUCGUCCGCCUGGCGCCCGCGCACAUCGUCCUCGCCACCGGCACCAUCGCGGAGCCGCACAUCCCCAACCUCCCCGGGCGCGAGCGCUUCGCAGGACGCGUCAUGCACUCGCACGCGUUCCCUGGCGGCGCCGCAUUCGCGGGCCUGCGCGCGGUCGUCGUCGGAGCCGGAAACAGCUCGAUCGACAUCUGCCAGGACCUGCACCUCAAAGGCGCGGCGUCGGUGACGAUGGUGCAGCGUUCGGCAACGUGCGUCGUCGCGCGCGAGACGGUCGCGGCGGGGCAGCGCGCGGAGUACCCGCCCGGGGUGCCGCUCGAGGUGUGCGACUUCCGGUGGGCGUCGUGGCCGUUCGGGCUGCAGAAGCGGCUCGGGAUCGCGAACGAGAAGAUGUUCUGGGAGAUGGAGUCUGAGCUGCACGAUAAGCUGCGCAAGGGCGGGGUGAAGCUGACGAUGGGCCCGGAGAACGAGGGCCUGUAUCUGCUGGUGAUCGGCCGUGGUGGAGGUUUUUGGCUCGACAAAGGCGGCGCGGACCUCAUCGCUGAUGGAAAGAUCAAAGUCAAGCAGGGUGUCGAGCCCAAACACUUCACAGAGGACGGUUUGAUGAUGAGCGAUGGCACAGAACUUUCUGCUGAUGUAGUCAUCUUUGCAACCGGAUAUCAUGGCAUGCGCGACGCCAACGCCGCGCUUUUCGGCCAAGAAGUCAUAGGUCAGACCGAUGAGAUGUACGGGAUCGAUGAAGAAGGCGAAAUCAAUGGCAGCUACCGUCCAUGCGGUUAUCCAGGUCUCUGGGUCGCAAGCGGGGCAUUCUCGAUAUCGCGCACAAUGUCGAAGCCACUGGCGAUUCAAAUCAAGGCGAUCCAGCAGGGCCUCCUCAAGCACGAUGGCAGUCGUGAAGGCGCCGUAUCCUCAACCGCUUAG